AUGGCGUCCAAAUUGAAUACAGAUUGUUUGGAGGAAAUUUUUGGAUUUUUAGAGUUGGAUGGGAUGGGUCAUGAAACAACAUUACGAUCAUGUAUUCUACAUCCAUGUAUCUUGGUUAAUCGACAAUGGUGUUUUAGUGCGGUUAGAAUAUUAUGGAGUAACCCGUGGCAUUUUAGAAAGGACCUUGAAUGUGUCAAACCCAGCAUCAUCAACACAUACAUAUCAACAUUUUCUAAAGAAUCCAAAGAACGAUUAAUAGAGAACAAGAUCAUUCUACAAAGUGAAGCGGAAACGCAACCGACAUUUAAUUAUGCCUGGUUCUUGAGAAAUUUACAUUUGUUUCAUUUAGAAAUGACAUUAAAAUCAUGGUUUCAAUCUUUUCAACAACGACGACGGAGUGGUGAUAUAACGAUGUCAAGGGGGAUUUGUUCAAUAAAUUAUAAACUUGUCUUUGAAGAAUUAUUAAAUAAUUUCUUUACCACAUCACCCUGUAUCUUAAAGUUAAGUAUUUCUGCUUAUGAUAAUAUAACCUGUUUAACAAAUUCUAUUGAACAAACUCCAAAAUCGAUCGAUUGCUUAGCCAAUUUACGAUAUUUUCGGAGUAGUGGUGAUCUUCCUUCGAUGCCAAAAUUAUUUUCCCUCCUUUCCAACAUAAGUCCAAAUCUUUUAAAAUUACAAAUCGAUCGUUACAUAAUCACCGAAGAAUUAGCGGAUUUAAUUAACGCUCAAAAAGAUUUAAAGGAAAUCUUUUUUCACAAACAUCCAAGUUUAAGGCAUCGUCCGUUAUCCUUAUCGAAUAACAAGAUAGGCACAUCGUUAAUUAAUAAAUCUCGUUCAAUUAAAUUAUUAGAAAUUAAAGGAGUUUAUUUUCAAGCGCAAAUGUUUUCAAAUUUUGAAAAUCUAAGAGAAUUAUAUAUUAAAAUCUGUGGUGGAAUGAAGUAUACUCGGGAGGAAUUAUUACCCUUGGCCUUCGUUUCUUUAAAUCAUUUACAAAAAUUAUUUUGGCAUUCAACUCAUUACAUUUACCUAGAUUUAUUUCCAAACUUUUUUAGAAAUAGUGGAAAACGUUUGAAAGUCAUUACCAUUAAAGGGUUUAUGAUUUCAGAUCCAAAGGGUGCUGGAUUAUUAAUCAAUAGUGUAGCGAAGUAUUGUGUUAACUUGAGAUCUUUCUCUGGACCGAUUUUAAUAGAAAAUGUUGCGGAGUUAACAAGGUUGUUGGAAAAUUGUAAUGAAUUACAGAGUUUAUCAUUGCAUCCUUCAAGGAAAAAAUGUUAUGGACCACAAAUUAAAGGAUAUUUCGAUGAUUUGAUGAACGUUUUGAUUGAUCAGCAAGGCGGUCAUUUAUCGGAAUUGAUAUUAGCACACAAUUGGACCUUUAAUAUCGGAUGUUUUGAAAGGUUAAUGAAGAAAUUUGAAAAAUUACAAAAGAAGAAAUUUAAUUUUGUUUGUGAUGUGAAUAUUCUGGGAGAUCCUAUACUUGAAAACAUUGUAAAUAGAUUCGUGGAGUUGGGAAUUUUAAAAGAAAUCGAUACCGGUUAUGUUGAAUUUGGUUAUUAG